AUGCACCAAUACUACCUUCUUGCUCUCCUUCCCGCGGUCCUGGGCUGCUUAAACACAGAUACGAACGCGUGUGCCAGCUACAUCAAGUCCAAUGCCGCCGCGUCGACCUUUUGCGCCACCUUCACCAAGAGCACCGUGACUGCCACCACCGCUCUGCCCGCCUGGGCUACCAACUGCUCGCAGAAGCCGAGUCUCAUCUCAGCGGAGUGUACCUGCGCCUACAGCGGUGCCGGUGGUAGUUCUCCAACUACCACCUUGAAGACCACUACUGCUGCAGGCGGCUCUACGCCCACUGGAGUUACUACUACUCUGCCCAAGUCCACUGGAGCUACUUCUACCAGCAAGGCCAUCACCGUUUCCGCUGGGCAGUCUUACGAUGGCGGCAUGAAAAAGUUUGAUCGCAGCCCUAGGGUUUGCGCUGAGCAAGACGAGACAGGUGAGGCUGAUGCUAUGUUCGUUCUCGAGGCUGGUGCCACUCUCUCGAACGUCAUCAUUGGUCCUGAUCAAGCAGAGGGUGUACACUGCAAGGGAACCUGCACGUUGAAGCAGACUAGCGGAACCUCUUACGUUAACGGCGGUGGUGCUUUCAAGGCUGCGGACAAGAUUGUCCAAUUCAACGGCUUUGGAACCGUCUCAAUCAAGAACUUCUACGCCAAUGACUACGGAAAGGUCGUCCGAAGCUGUGGUAACUGCAGUGGCAACGGAGGUGCACGCAACAUUGUCAUGAACAACGUGAUCGCAAAGGACGGCGGAGUCCUCUGCGGCAUCAACACCAACUAUGGCGAUACCUGCAAGGUCACCAGCUGUUGCCAAGAUGACAACAAGAUUUGUGACAGGUACACCGGAAACAACAGUGGCGCCGAGCCCACUAAGAUUGGCAGUGGCCCUGACGGAACGUAUUGCGUCGCCACCAGCUUCACCACAGCCUGUUGA